AUGAGAAAAGAAUUUAUAGAAUACAAUAAAAAAUAUUUCAGGAAUAUACAAUUUGUAUAUGAUUUCUUGAAUAAAAUUGGAAUGAAAAAUAGUUUGAAUGAAUUAAAAAAAGAAAGUAAAAUAGAUUAUAUAGAAGAUUAUGAUUUAUAUUUUUUAGAUCAAAAUAAUCAGGAUAUUUCAGAUGAUGAAAAUAUAAGAGACGAAGAAGAAGAAGAUGAAGAUUUUGAAGAUAUUGAUAAAACAUUCUUUAUUUAUACUAUGAAUAAAAUGAACAAUUCUAUACUGUGUAAAGCUAUUGAUCUAUUUGAUCAGGAUAUGAAAGAUAAAUAUGCUCAUUUGCAAAAUGUUCAUAAGGUAAAAAAUAUGAACGAUAAGAGAAGCGAUAUGUAUGAAAAUUAUAAUAUUAAUAAUAAUAAUAAUAAUAAUGAUGAUAAUUAUUCAAUUAAUAACUUCGAUGAAUAUAUGUAUCAAACCGACCAAAAUAAUUCCCUCACCAUACCUUUUAUGAAGGAAAAAAAAGAAAAUAUUUUUCUCAGUAAUGAUAAUAAAGAAUAUGAAUGUUUAAAAUUAAAUAAUACAAACAUUGUGACACAAAAAGUAAAUAUGAAGUCAUAUAACUGGGAUACAUAUUUUACUCAAGAAAAAGAAAUUUAUAAAAAGUUAAAUGUAACCAUAGUACAUAAUGAUAUAUCAAAUAAUAUAAAUGAUAAGGUCAAUAAGCCGUCAAAUAUUUUAUGUAUUAAAUAUAUUGAUAUAUAUUAUAAACAAAAUUAUAAACAUAUAAACUCUGAAAAUAUUAUAUUUUUUCAAAGAUUCUUUCCAUUAUUCCUUUUAGUUGGUUAUGCAAAUGGAAGUAUCAAUUUAUUUUUAAUCAUUUAUGAAAAUAAAAAAAAAGCAAAGGAACAAAAUGGAAAUAAUGAUAUAAAUGAAAAAGAAGAAUAUCAUAAUGAUUAUAAUAUAUAUUUAUAUCAACAGUUAGAACAUAUAUCCUUAGGGUCACCAGUUAUGCAUAUAGAUAUUAACUAUCAAGAUAAUUUAUUCAUCGUUUCAACCAUGAAUGGAGAUAUAUGUAUUUGUCAAAUUAAUAUGAAUAAAAUUGAAAGUAUAAAAAAUAAAUUCAUACAAACAAAUGAUUUAAAUCUUGAUACAACAAUAAAUAAUGAUAAUCCAUAUAUGUUUCUAAAAGAUAUAUUAAAAUACCAUAUGAAAUAUUCAAUACAAUGUUUAUUUAAUGAAGAUUAUUCUUUAUUUUGUUCUAUAGCUAAUGAUAAAAAUUUAAUUAUUUAUGAAAAAAUUGUAUCAAAUAAUAAAAUGAAUAAAAACACUGACGACAUUUAUAGUAACAAUAAUAAUAAUAACAUAUAUGAUGAUACAACAAACUAUACAUAUGAAAAAAAAAAAAUUAUAGGUCUACCUGAUAUACCAACUAAUAUAUUAUGGGUUAAACAUAAUAACAAAGAAGUAAUCAUAAUAUCUAUGCUUAAUAGUAAUCAUAUAAUUUUUAUGAAUAGUGCUAAUUAUAUUAUAGAAAAUAAAUUAUACCUUUUUGAUUUAAAUAAAGAUAACAAAAAUGAAAAUGAUGAAUCGAAAAAUGAAAAACAUAAUAUUUUAGCAUUAGAUUAUCAUAAAAAUAAAAAUAUAUUAGUUAUAUGUACAGAUACAUCAAAAAUAUUUGUAUAUUCCUUUAAAGAAGAAUCUAUAAUAAAAAUAAUUUACGGGUGUGUAUUAAAUUCAUUAUCUUUUCCUACAAUACAAAUAGAUAUAAGUGGUAAUUUUAUUUAUGUAACAUCAGAAGAUAAAGUACAUGGUACAUAUAUUUUAAUUUUUGAUAUAAAAAGUGGUAAUAUUAUUAAUACUAUAAAUAAUGGAUUUAAAAUUAGAUGCUUUCAACUUUUAAAAAAUUAUAUAUGUCCCUCAAUUGAUGACGUAAAUUCGAAUAAUAUUGAUGCAAAUAAAAAGGCAUUACUUAUAUUAGGUUCAUUCGAUAAAAAGCUGCAUUUUUAUUCUAACUAA